AUGGCACCCCUCAAACUGCAUCACUUAAUCUUUCCCAUCUUCAUCUUCAUCUUCUUCCCACCUUCUUCCCACGCCCAAACCCCACGUCAGCAGAACAACACGGGCUUCAAGUGCACCGGCACCCGCACGUGCGCCGCCUACGCCUUCUACCGUGCCUCCGCUCCCAACUUCCUCGACCUGGCCGCCGUCGGCGACCUCUUUGAGGUGAGCCGCCUCAUGAUAUCCACUCCGAGCAACAUCUCCUCCGUGUCCUCCCCCCUUGUCCAAAACCAGCCCCUCUUCGUCCCCUUGACCUGCUCCUGCAACCCCGUCAACGCCACCUUCGGCUCCCUCUCCUACGCCAACAUCUCCUACACCAUCCAACCCAACGACACCUUCUACAUCGUCUCCACCUUCAAGUUCAACAACCUCACCACCUACCCUUCCGUCGAAACCGUCAACCCCACCUUAGUCGCCACCGGCCUCUCCAUCGGCCAGGUCACCAUUUUCCCUGUCUUCUGCAAAUGUCCCGACACCAACAACACCAAUUACAUGAUAUCGUACGUUGUUCAACCCGAGGACAACAUCUCCUCCAUUGCUUCAGCUUUUGGGGUUAAGGAACAAGCUAUAAUUGACGUGAAUAAUGACACACUGUAUGAUUAUGACACGAUUUUCAUUCCAGUGGCGCAGCUUCCGGUUCUUUCGCAGCCAGCGGUGGCUCCAGCUGCUCCGCCGAGUGGGAAUGGGAGGGAUAGGACGGGGACUGUUAGAGGGUUGGCGAUUGGGUUGGGGGUGGUGGGGUUGUUGUUGGUGUUGGUGUUGGUGAGCGGUGUAUGGGUGUGGAGAGAGCUUGUGCUGAAGAAGAGUUUGGGGAUGAAGGAUGAGGAGGAGGGAGGGAAGAAGAACGUGUAUUUGGGAGGGAAAGAGGGUGAGAAAGGUGGUUUGGAUGUGAAACUGAUGGCAAAUGUGUCGGAUUGUUUGGACAAGUAUAGAGUUUUUGGGGUUGAGGAACUGGUGGAGGCCACAGAUGGGUUUGAUGGGAGGUCCUUGAUUGAGGGGUCGGUGUACAGAGGGAAGAUUGAUGGGGGGGUUUUUGCCAUCAAGAAGAUGAAGUGGAAUGCCUAUGAGGAACUCAAGAUCUUGCAGAAGGUAAACCAUGGGAAUCUGGUGAAGUUGGAGGGAUUCUGCAUAGAUCCAGAAGAAGCAAACUGCUAUCUAGUCUAUGAAUAUGUGGAGAAUGGAUCUCUAUACUCGUGGUUGCAUGAGGAGAAAAAGGAAAAGCUGAACUGGAAAACAAGACUACGAAUAGCAAUUGACAUUGCCAAUGGCCUCCAAUACAUCCACGAGCACACAAGGCCACGAGUUGUGCACAAAGACAUCAAGAGCAGCAACAUUCUCUUGGACUCCAACAAAAGAGCCAAAAUUGCAAAUUUUGGGCUUGCAAAGUCUGGAAUGAAUGCCAUCACCAUGCACAUUGUAGGAACACAAGGUUACAUUGCCCCUGAAUAUCUGGCUGAUGGUGUGGUCUCCACAAAGAUGGAUGUGUUCUCUUUUGGGGUUGUGUUGCUUGAACUAAUUUCUGGGAAGGAAGUCAUUGAUGAGGAGGGAAAUCUCUUGUGGGCAAGUGCCACCAGAACCUUUGAAGUGGACAGUGAGCAAGAGAAGGUAAGGAGACUGAAGGAAUGGUUGGAUAAGGAUAUUUUAAGGGAGACAUGCUCAAUGGAAAGUUUGAUGGGUGUUCUCACAGUUGCAAUUGCUUGCUUGCAUAAAGACCAGUCAAAGAGGCCCAGCAUAAUCGACAUUGCCUAUGCACUAUCUAAAAGCGAAGAUUUGGGCUUUGACAUCUCAGAUGACGGGAUUGGUUCACCACGGGUGGUGGCUAGGUGA